AUGGAAAAGAAACCGCACUUCGCUAGGAGGGAGUUUCCUCCCAGGGAGGCGUCGUCCCUCUCGUUGGCGUUACUGCUCGCCACCGUCCUGCUCCUUAACGCCCUUCUCUACCUGUACCUCAACAAGUUUUACGUCUCUUCAGGACGCGCCGAAACGGACCCCAGCCUCUGCUCUUUCGGGUACUUCAGGUUGGGAGCGGCAAAGAAUUGCUCCCCAUGGCUCUCCUGCGAAGCCAUAAAUAGGGAAGUCAGGAAACUCAAGUGUGUUGGUGAAGGCGCUGUGAAAAAGGUCUUCCUUUCCGAGUGGAAGGAAAACAAAGUGGUCCUUUCACAGCUCACCAAUUCAGAGCUGAAGGAGGACUUUCUCCACGGACUGAAGAUGCUGAAAGCACUUCAAAGCAAGCAUGUUGUCCGGCUGCUUGGCUACUGUGAACACCAGUUCACAAUCCUCACCGAGUACCAUCCUCUAGGCUCCCUGAGGGGCCUGAAUGAAACUCUCCACAUCCCCAAGUACAAGGGCAUGAACACCUGGCAUCGCAGGCUGAUGCUUGCUAUGGACUACGUGGGCGUCAUUCAGUACCUGCACAGCAGCCCUCUGGGCACCUUAGUGAUGUGCGACUCGAAUGACCUGGACAAGGUCCUCUCUCAGUAUCUCCUCACAAGUGACUUUCACAUCCUGGUGAACGAUUUGGACGCUUUGCCUCUUGUGAACAGGAGUGCCGGCAAGCUGGUGAAGUGCGGUCAUCGGGAGCUCCGGGGUGAGUUUGUAGCUCCCGAGCAGCGUUGGCCCUAUGGAGAAGAAGUGCCCUUCGAGGAUGACCUCAUGCCCCCCUAUGACGAGAAAACAGACAUCUGGAAAAUCCCAGAUGUCUCCAAUUUUUUCUUGGGCCACGUUGAAGGAAGUGACAUUGUGCGACUGCAUUUGUUUGACAUCCAUGCAGCAUGUAAGAAGGAGGACCCGGCUGAAAGGCCUUCUGCCCAAGAGGUCUUAGACACCUACAGGAAAGUUUUAACUCUGCUUAUUCGGGAGGCGGCCAUGCCUGGUACUAGGGAAAUGUUAUAGUAAAUCACGAAACAAACAACAUACUGAAGUUGACGUCCUUCCUAUUUAUUUAGCUUGCCUGAAGGGCAAAAUCUCUGU